GACAGAUAAAAAGUGAUACCCGCGGACUUUUUUUUGUAUUGGACCGGUCCUCGGACCGGACAAACCCGAACACGACGGGAAGCGGCUCGUGGCACAGAUAUUGGAUAAGUUGACCAAUCAGAGCAACCCUCCAGGCCAGCGUUUCCCAAAGCUGGGGUCAGGACCCAAAGUGGGGUCCCGAAACAUCAAGGUCUGACAGGAUGACUCCAGACAAAAACUAAAAGUCUCAUUUUUCAAGCAUUUAUGGGAAUCGUGGAACCUUUCUGCCACUAUGGAUAUCUAUAACGACACGUGCCACCUGAAGGAAACUCUGAGCCCUGGUGAGAGCCGGCUGACCAGCGCCAUCAUGUUUGGCUUAGGCAUUUUCGGCAACAUCACUGCCCUGGUGAUCCUGGAAAUCCGACGACGAAGGAACGCCAGAGCUAGGUACACGCAGCGCACCGGGUUGUUCCACAUCCUCAUCAUGUCGCUGGUGGUCACAGACCUGACCGGGACCUGCAUGAUCACUCCAGUGGUGCAGCUGUCGUAUGCUAGGAACAUGACUCUGGUUAAGAUGAUGCCUUUAGGCAACGGCACCAGCAGCGUGUGUUAUUAUUUUGGCGUCGGCAUGACUUUCUUCAGCCUGGCCACCGUGUCGCUCCUCUUUGCCAUGGCACUGGACCGUUGCUUCGCCAUCGGGUACCCCUACCUGUACAGCCGACACGUCACCAAGAACUGGGCUUAUAUCAUCAUUCCUGUGAUGUUUAUUGCAUCUAUAUUGUUCUGUCUACUUCCUUUUGUGGGAUUUGGCAGGUACGUGCAGUAUUGCCCCGGCACAUGGUGCUUCAGUGACAUGAACCCACUCGAGAAGGAGGAUCGUGCCUAUGCUAACCUGUACGCCUCCAUUCUGCUGGUCCUGGUACUCACCAUUGUGGCAUGCAACGGGUUUGUGGUGUACCAUCUCUACAAGAUGUACAAACGACGGAAAAGAUACGGUUCUGUGAUGGUGACUGGGAGGUCAAACAACGAGCACAGGACGGUGUCCAUGGUUGCUGAGGUGGAGCACCUGAUCAUGCUGGUCUUCAUGACCAUCAUCUUCCUCAUCUGCACGCUGCCGCUGGUGAUCCGGGUGUACAUCAACUCCAUCAGGACGGAGGAGUCACACGUGUACGACCGGCUGGCGCUCCUCUUCAUCUCCGCCAACUCCAUCCUCGACCCRUGGGUCUUCAUCAUUUUUUCUCCCGGCAUGCUGCACUUCUUCGGCUGCUCCUUCAAGGGCCGCCUCGGGAGCGUCAGGGGUUCUAUGUGCAGGUCCUCUCUCACUAGAGAAAAUAACUUAACACAUCUAGAACUGUCCCGCCCGGCGAUGGGUGAUAGGGUUUACCCUGAAAAAAACACAUGACUCCAACAGUGUUGUUUUUUCUUUCUUYCCGUUGAAAUUUAUUGGACCUUUUCGACUGAUGCGUGCCGUCGUCUUUAGAUGUUUGAUGGGACGCAGCGUCCCGCCCGUGUUGAUUUUCUGGGUGUGRUCAUUUCAUUUAGACUAAAUGAUAAGCUCCUCUAGGAGUUCCAUCAGCUUCUUGGAAAUUACUGAGCACUGCACAUAGAGAGCAUUUCAAUUAAAUGUUUUUUUAUUGCUAUUGAAUGAACACAGAUUUGUUGCCAUGUAAAGCCUCAUCUUUAUGGGGCGUCAAGUGUAAAAUAAUAUGUUAAAAUAUGUCAUUAAGACAUUUUUAUUUAGCUCACUGUUCUUACAUUUUAUCUGUUUUUUACAAAAUAUUAUGAAAUCUUAAAUGUUACAUCUAAAUGAUCAAGUUUACAUUUAAGUAUUUCAGAAUGGAACUCAGCCUUUGGCUGUGUCCAAAACGGCAG